GUUUCACUUUCCUAAGCUAGCGCUGCCGUGAUUUCCAGCCUUAACACACGCGAUUCAUGAUACACACGUAAAUUUACGUUACAAUCAAUCGUCGAUUGACACGUGGCAAAGAUGGCGAAAAGGAUCACCGACUUGAAAAACAAAGGGGUAUGUUCCGACCAGAGUGAUGUUGAAGAAGUGGCAGGAAACAAUAUGCACAUGGCACUAGAGAAGUUGAACCUUGUUGGUCCUAGAAAGAAACUGCUUGUACUUGGCCUAGGAGGGCUGCUUUGCCAUAGGGUUUGCAAACGCAACGUGUCCGACAUUCCAAGAUCACGCUACCCUGACGCAUUCUAUGGAAGCAUUUUAGUUUACAAGAGGCCUUAUUGUGAAGAAUUCAUGAAAUUUUGCCUUGAAAAUUUUGAAGUGGGAAUAUGGUCUUCAGCAAAGGAAUGGUAUCUGGACAGCGCCUUGGACUGCAUAAUGAAAGGAUUGAAAAGCAAGGUUUUGUUUGCUUGGGACCAAGUUGAAUGCACUGAUUCUGGGUUCAAAUCCUUGGAGAACAAGAAGAAGCCUAUCUUUUUCAAGGAGUUUAAAAAGCUGCAGAAGUUCAGCAUUCAAUAUUCUGCAUCAAACACGCUGCUUAUAGAUGACAAUCCAUACAAGGCCUUGCUCAACCCUCCCUAUUCAGCAAUAUUUCCCAAUGAGUACAAGACUGACCAAGUUCGUGAUGCGGCUUUAGGUCCUGGAGGUGACCUGCGACUGUACUUGGAAGGACUGGCGGAUGCAGAUGAUGUUCCUUCUUACGUGAAAGAACAUCCAUUUGGGCAGCCUGCAAUAACCCCAUUACAUUCUGAUUGGGUGUUCUAUUCGGGGGUUAUUCGCCAUUUUCAGAAGGAAUGAGCCAAAUGAAAGAUCAUAAGCAAAUAAAUUUUAGAGACUUUUCACCUUGUGCUAUCUUUAUGUUUGUUAACGUGUUUUGGAAGCUUUUUUCUUUGAAAAUUUGUUGUGAUAUUAUAUAGAUGUGAAAACUAAUGUGUUUUUAAGAGUGUUUUCUAUUUUAAGU